UAUUAUUAUUACAACAUAACAAGUCAAACAGAAAUCUUUCAGGAGCAUUUUAAAGAAAUCUGUCAUCAUGAAGCGGGGAUUGUUCACCAUCCUCCUAAUUACUGCGGUGCUAGUGGUAGUUGCAGAGUCUUACGGACGAAGAUAUGGAGAACCAAGCGGUUACGCUAAUAUUGGACACAGGAGGUAUUAUGAAAGAGCUAUUAGUUUCCACAGACAUAGUCAUGUUCACGGACAUCACCUUUUACAUAGACACGUUCACAGACAUAGCGUUUUACAUGGACAUGUUCACAUGCAUCGCGUUUCACACAGGAUAAUGCACAGACAUCGCGUCCUACAUGGGCAUGUUCACAGACAUCGCGUUCUUCAUCGGCAUGUUCACAGGCAUCGUGUUUUACAUGGGCAUGUUCACAGGCAUCGCGUUCUUCAUCGGCAUCUUCACAGGCAUCGUGUUUUACAUGGGCAUGUUCACAGACAUCGCGUUCUACAUAACCAUGUUCAUAGACAUAGCGUUUUACAUGGACAUGUUCACAGGCAUCGCGUUUUACAUAGACAUGUUCACAGACACAAUGUAUUACAUGGCCAUGUUCACAGGCAUCGCGUUCUACAUAAGCAUGUCCACAACCAUCGCGUUCUACAUAAACAUCUCCACAAACAUCAAGUUUUACAUGGCCAUGUUCACAGGCAUCAAGUUCUACAUAAGCAUGUCCACAACCAUCGCGUUCUACAUAAACAUCUCCACAAACAUCAAGUUUUACAUGGACAUGUUCACACGCACCGUGUUCUACAUAAACAUGUUCACAAACAUCGUGUUCUACAUAAACAUCUCCACAAACAUCAAGUUUUACAUGGACAUAUUCACACGCAUCGCGUUCUACAUAAACAUCUCCACAAGCAUCAAGUUUUACAUGGACAUGUUCACACGCAUCGCGUGCUACAUAAGCAUGUUCACAAACAUCGUGUUCUUCAUAAACAUCUCCACAAACAUCAAGUUUUACAUGGACAUGUUCACAUGCAUCGUGUUCUACAUAAACAUGUGCACAAGCAUCGUGUUUUACACAAACAUGUUCACAAGCAUCACGUUGUACACAAGCAUGUUCACAGUCAUCGCGUUCUACAUAAACAUGUGCACAAACAUCGCGUUGAACACCAACAUGUUCACAAGCAUCACGUUCUACACAGGCAUGUUCACAGUCAUCACGUUGUUCACAGCCAUGUUCACAAACAUCGAGUUGUUCAUAGCCAUGUCCACAAACACAAUGUUGUACACAGCCAUGUUCACAGACAUCAAAUUCUACACCGACAUGUUCACAGACAUCAAGUUGUACACCGACAUGUUCACAGGCAUCUUAUUGCUCAUAGACAUAUUCACAGCCACCAAGCUGCUGUUCAUAGGCAUGUCCACACACACGUUUUUGAGGGAAAUUUCAAUGAUGAUGGGACAGAUGUCAAUUUGAGAAUAAGACAUGGCAUCAUUUACUUCGGAGGAAACACAUACCGUCUAAGUGGUGGUCGAAGAAGAUUUAUGACUCUUUGGCAGGAAUGUCUUGAAUCAUACGGUGACAGCAACGAAUGUUUUGUGCAGUUAGGAAACCAACAUCUAUUUACGGUUAUUCAAGGUCAUCAUAGUACUUCAUUCCGUUCUGAUCUGAAUAAUGAUUUACAUCCGGACAACAACAUUGAACAGAUUGCAAAUGAUCAUGUCAAUGACAUUGCGCAGUCUACAGAUGGUGAUAUCAACGACUUUGCAGAUACUCAUUAUAAUGACGUUGCUCCAAUUGCAGAUGUUCAUGUCGACAACAUAGCGCAGACUGCAGAUAAUCAUGUCAAGAACAUUGCACAGACUGCACAUCACCAUGUCAACGAUGUUGCUCAGAUUGCUGAUGAUCAUGUCAACGAUAUUGGUCAGACUGCAUAUGAUCAUGUCAACAAUAUUGGUCAGACUGCUGAUGAUCAUGUCAACGACAUUGCGCAGACUGCAGAUGAUCAUGUCAACGCCAUUGCACAGACCGCAGAUGAUCAUGUCAACGCUAUUGCUCAGACUGCAGAUGAUCAUGUCAACGAUAUCGGCGAUACAGCAAACAGUCACAUUGUACGAGUACAAGGAGUUGCUAAGAAUCACCUUUAUGGUAUUAACAAAGCAAUUGGUAAACACAUCCAGCAUUUGAAAGACGUAUCAAAUAGACACAUUGAAAAACUUAAUAACCACGCAACAAAAAACCUAUUGCAGUCUGCACUUCAACACAAACAACAAACCAUCGAACGCGAAAUCCAACAUAAACGGCACUUGAGUGAAAAGGAAGACAUAAAUCUACAGCAUGAAAAUGCGAUGAAGAGCAAAGUAUCAUACGAUGGUCCAGUUUUCAAUGAAAAAGUUUCAGUUGUGUCUAACCAAGGAAGUUAUAAUGAAAAAGUUCCAGUGUUAUCUAAUGGAGGAGGUUAUAAUGAAAAAGUUUCAGCUUUGUCGGACCAAGGAAGUUAUAAUGAAGGAUAUGCGUAUUGAUCAAUAUCAGUAAUCUGGAAACCAAUAGGGCGAGGUGACUCAAAGAAUAAAUUAUAUUUCGUUCUA